AUGUCGGAGCGCGCCAGCUUUAGAGGCGCCCGGGGUGGUCGCGGCGAUCGCGGUGGACGCGGCGGUGGCGCCGAUCGAGGCCGUGGCGGAGGCAACGCACAGGGCGGAGACAGGAAACAGAAAGAAAACAUUCUCGACCUGGCAAAAUACAUGGACAAGGCCAUCAGCGUCAAGUUCAACGGCGGCAGAGAAGGUACGGAACUAAUCGGAGGCCCGGUGUCGAUAUCAUAAUCUUGUCUGACAUCUCACCAGUCACUGGAACCCUGAAAGGCUAUGAUCAGCUCAUGAACUUGGUCUUGGACAACGUCAAGGAGAUCACCCGAGGUCAGUAUUAAUGCUUAGAUGGCUGGAACGAGCGCUCCUAAUGCUUCUUCCGAGCAGAUGAGGAGGGCAACACGAGCUCCCGGAAUCUCGGACUUCUGGUUGCACGAGGAACUCUCCUGGUCAUGAUCUCCCCUCUGGACGGCAGCGAGGAGAUCGCCAACCCCUUCGUACAAGUCGACGAUGAUGACGAAUAG